GAACAGCAAUUGAGUAUACACGGCGAACUCAAAGAAAAAGAAGGGCCUAUCUCCACACAAAAAGUUGGGCCAGGCCUAAUAGGCCUCUAUAAAGUUGGGCCCAGCCCAUAAUAAAUCCACCUCUUUUAGCCCCAAACCCAAACCCACACCCAAACUAUUACACUCGCGCUGGUCGCGCAUCACACACCACUCUCUCUCUCUCAGCUUCGUUACUGUUCUCAUGGCGCCCACCUCCUCAAUCCUCUUCCUCUAAACCCUAACCCUAGCCAUAACCCUAAAAAUGGCGUCCUCCCCUCUCCCUCUCCCUCAUCUCCUCACCCCCACGCAUCUCUCCGCCUCGUCCUCCUCCUCUUCCUCAUUCGUUGCUCCUCUCCACGUCCGCCACCGACUUUGCCGUUUCCGGCGCGGCGGCGGCGGCGGAGGUGGGGUGGUCGUCGGAUCCGCGGCGGCGGUGCAGUGGGGGAGGAAGCCGGAGCUGGCGGGGGAGACGCCGCGCGUGGUGGUGGUGACGUCCGGGAAGGGCGGCGUGGGGAAGACGACGACGACGGCGAAUGUCGGCGUCUCCCUCGCGCGGCUCGGGUUCUCCGUGGUCGCCGUCGACGCCGACGCGGGGCUCCGCAACCUCGACCUGCUCCUCGGGCUCGAGAACCGCGUCAACUACACCGCCGCCGAGGUCCUCAACGGCGACUGCCGCCUCGACCAGGCGCUCGUCCGCGACCGCCGCUUCCCGUCCCUGCUCCGCCUCCUCUGCCUCUCCAAGCCCCGCUCCAAGCUCCCCCUCUCCUUCGGCCCCAAAACCCUAACCUGGAUUGUCGACGCCCUCCGCUCCGAUGGCCCCAACAACCCCUCCAACCCUAACCCUAACCCUAACCCUAACCCGCCGCCCCAGUUCGUGCUCAUCGACUGCCCCGCCGGCAUCGACGCCGGCUUCGUCACCGCCAUCUCGCCGGCGAACGAGGCCGUGCUCGUCACCACCCCCGACAUCACCGCCCUCCGCGACGCCGACCGCGUGGCGGGGCUCCUCGAGUGCGACGGCAUCCGCGACAUCAAGAUGCUCGUGAACAUCCCCGAGGACGCCGAGGUCAUCCGCAGCACCAACCGCGGCUGCCCGCUCGUCCUCACCCGGCCCCCCUCCCUCGCCGGCCUCGCCUUCGAGCAGGCCGCCUGGCGCCUCGUCGAGCAGGACACCAUGACUGCCGUCAUGCUCGAGGAGGAGGAACCCAAGAAGAAGGGCUUCUUCUCCUUCUUCGGAGGCUAAUCAAGGAGCAAUCUUUGUAGGUUGUCGGCGGCUAAAAAGGAGCCAUUUUAACCACCUGUAUAGUUUGGAGGUACGGUUUUGUUGUUUCGUCUAUUAUUCUAUCAUCAUUUUAGUCAUCCACGGGUCCGUGAUUCUUCUUCCGCUUGCGAUCCUAAGAAUUUGUGGUAGCUUGUGAGUUUGAUUGAUUGGUAGAGAUCUAGGAAUGUUUGUCAUGUAUAUGAGGAUUCCUCUAUUAUUCUAUAUCAUUUUAGUGAUCCAUGGGCGCGAUUCUUCUUCCGCUUGAGAUCCUAAGAUCUAUUGGUGUGUGGUUCUUCUUCUGCUUGAGAUCCUAAGAAUUUGUGGUAGCUUAUGAUUUUGGUUGAUUGGUAGAGAUCUAGGAGUUUUUGUCAUGUAUAUGAGAGGUUAAGUGUUAUUAUUUUAGUGAUCCACGGGUGCGUGAUUCUUCUGCUUGGGAUCCUAAUAAUUUGUGGUAGCUUGUGAUUUUGGUUGAUUGGUAGAGAUGUAGGAGUGUUUGUCAUGUAUAUGAGGAGGUUAAAUGUAUUAGAGGAUGUUUCUUGCUUUUCAUUCUAUUGUUUCUAUUUCGACGUUUGCAUGAAUUGUAAGAUCAUCAGUUUAACUGACUCAAGCUUUUAAGACUACCUAGGUGAUGAAUAAGUAGUUUUCUAGGGUUGUGCAUGUGGUGCCAUUCAUCCACUCCAUUUGGGAUUGCUUCGUUCGUUCUAAUUAAUGAAGAUUUCUUAUCUUUAUGUUCA